AUGCGAUCGGCCUUCGCCGCGGCAGCUCUCUUCCUUGCCGUUGGGUGGCCAGCUGCGAAUGCUCAAGAUCUACAAGGUUGCUACAGCGAUGCAGGAUCAUUAGAGGAUCAAGGCUCCUACACAUACCAAAGUGACGGAUACUGCCGGAAGCUUUGUUCGGACGGCGACUAUGGGGUUUUUGCCCUGCAUGCAGGAACACACUGUCUCUGUGGAAACAAGCUACCCGCUGACUCGGCAAAGACGUCAGACAGUAACUGUGACAAGGAAUGUGCUGGUUGGCCUGCUACCAAGUGCGGAGGUAAAAAUGCAUAUUCUAUCUACCUCACAGGCGUUAAAUCGAAAGUCGACAAGGACUCGUCCUCAAGCUCAAGUUCGAGCACCCAGAGCGGAACGGCGACCACGGCACCAUCCGACAAGAGUUCGCAGGCUGGGCAAACGGUUAUCAAAACGUCGACCUCGAAUGCAGAGGCGGCUACAGAAAUGAACAAAGAAGACAAGAAGGACUCUGGCCCGAACACUGCCGCUAUUGCCGCCGGCGUCGUCGUGGGCGUUGUAGGAUUCUGUGCCCUCGUUGGCGCCAUCUUCUUUCUACGGCGUUUCAGAAACCGCAAGGCCACCGAAGAACAAUAUCGCCACAGCGUUGGUGUUGACAAUUACGCUGCUGGCAAGCCUAUGUCUCAAAGUUCCAUGUCGGACUCGAGAUUCGACGGUGAUUUCAUGGCGCAGAGGCGUCAAAGCAAUGGCAGUAUCGACGAUGAUCAGGACUUCUCCCGUCGGAUUCUGCAGGUCACCAACCCCGAUCGCCGUUAG